GCAGAGAUGGAAACAACCAAAUAUAUCCAAUAGCUUAUGCUGUUGUUGAGGCUGAAACCAAAGACUCAUGACAGUGGUUCUUGCAUCUACUACUAGAAGAUUUAGGAGCAUUCAAUGAAAGGUGCUAUGGCUUUAUUUCUGACCAACAGAAGGGUUUGGUUCCUGCUAUCCAAGAAUUAGGUGACAAUGUGGAGCAAAGAAUGUGUGUCAAACACCUUUAUGGUAAUUGGAAGAAGAAACAUUCUGGAUUGGUGCUUAAACAGGCCAUGUGGGCAGCAGCUAGAGCUACUUGUGUUCCUAUGUUUGAUAGAGCAAUGGAGAAGUUGAAGCUUCUAAAGCCAGAUGCAUGGAAGGACAUGGCUGACAUUCCUGCUAAAUAUUGGUCAAGAUCUCAUUUCAAGACAUUUUCAAAGUGUGAUAUUCAGGUUAAUAACAUGUGUGAGGCAUUUAACAGGGAAAUUUUAGAGCAUCGAGACAAGCCAAUCAUAACACUUUUGGAAGGAAUCAAGCAUUAUAUCACAAAGAGGAUAACUAAACAGAAGACACUAUUACAGGACUAUGAGGGUGUUAUAUGUCCUAGAAUCCAAUUGCUCAUAGAGAAGAACAAACAGGAGGCACAAAACUGGACCCCUUCUUGGCAUGGUGAUGAUGACUUAUCCAUCUUUGGAGUUACCAAUGGAGUUGAGACUUACUGUGUCAAUCUGAAAAAUGAAUCAUGCAGCUGCAGAAAAUGGGAGUUGUCUGGAAUCCCAUGCAGUCAUGUUAUCUCUUGCAUUUGGAGCAUUAGGAAAAAACCUGAAGGAUAUGUGUCUCCAUAUUAUAGCAAGCUUACAUUUGGAAAGUGCUAUGCUAACAUUGUGUUUCCAAAUAAUGGACCACAACAUUGGAACAAUGUUGACCAUGUGCCAAUGUCUCCUCCUGUCAUGAGAAGGGCAAUUGGCCGCCCUAAGAAGAUGAGGAACAAAACAUCUGAUGAGCCAAAGAAUCCCUUUGUUCUUCCUAAGAAGUUUGGAACUGUCACUUGCAACAAAUGUGGACAAGCUGGACACAACAAGAGGAGCUGUAAGGGAAAGAGGGCAGCUGAUAGGCAGAUACCUAAAGGGGGCAACAAGGCAAAGAAAGCUAAGACAACCAAUAAGGCAAAGAAGAGUAAGGGAAAAGAAAAACCAGUUGAGAUUGGUCAAGGAUCUCAGGCACCUCAACCAACUCAGGAUUAGGAGGCAAUGAUGCCUUUCUUUUUGAAUGUAACAAUGUUGCAUUAGUAUGAAAGUUUGUUGUGAUUGUAAAACAAUAUGAUAUUUUGGGUAUUUUGUAGUGAUUAGUCAUCAUUGCCAAACAAUAUGGUAAAGCUGUUUGGAUCUCAGUAUGAAAACAACAUGGCUGUCAAACAAUAUUUUGUAAUCUUAUGUUUUAAAUUUGCUGCUACUGAACCACUUAUGUAAUGGCCAUCAUUUGGAUAAUUUCAUAUA